AUGGUGGGGUUAGGUUGGGCUAGUGGAGGGGUGGGGUUAGUUUGGGCCGGUGGAAGAGUGGGGUUAAAUAGGGCUAGUGUAGGAGCGGGGUUCAUGAGGGCUAGUGGAGGAUUGGGGUUAGGUUGGGCAAGUGGAAUGGUGGGGUUAGGUUGGGUUAAUGUAGGAGUGGGGUUAGUUUGGGCAAGUGGAAUGGUGGGGUUAGGGUGGGCUGGUGGAGGAGAGGGGUUAGUUUGGGCUAAUGGAGGAAUGGGAUUAGGUCGGGUCGAUAAAAGGAUUGGAGUUGAUACCGUGUAUGUCAAGGUAUUUGAGGCUGAAUCAAGAAUGAGAUUCUUGUCACAAGGGGUCAAUCACAUAUUGCUACUAGGGGAUAUUUUUCUUAUUAUAAUUGUGAAUUUCUGUCUGGUAGCCUUCAACAUGGUUGUUGAUUGCUUCAAUAGUUUACAUAAAUAGAAACAUGUUUUCUUUUAAAGUUUAAUUUUUUUGAUGGUGAUAGAGUUAAGAACAGUGCACAAAUGCAACUUACUAAAAAUUCACAGCAGCAAGAAAACAUCUACACUGGUUUGCCUGGGGGCUCUUAUAUAUUGGUAACCAGUAAAGUAUUUUGAGAUUUGGGAUAUAAAAUGUAGAUGGGCUUUAAACUCUACAAUUGGCCAAUUUUGGUGAUAUGUGUCAACAGUAAGGAACUAUUACAUGUGACAAAAAAAAAGUUUGGAAGUGGGGAAAAGACAACUUCCAUGGCAUGAAGUGGAGGACAUGAGACCAAAAAGUUUCAGUGGAAUGAAGAGGACUGAGAAAGAAAGACAUUAUGCUAAUAAUCUUAUGUAAUAAAAAGCUAAGUCACUAACCUGGAUUUGUAAGCCACAGGGAAAUUUUCUUUUUCCUUGAUCAUCCAAAUAAUUCCAUCAGCUUGACACCAUCUUGGAGGGCAGUCACAACCUUUGACAUGGCAUGUCCUCUGAAGUAUGAUGCAAAUAACUCUAACCUGGUGUAAGGAAAUAUUAGGGAUUGGUAUCACCAUAUCAUAACAAUUUAUCAUAUUGUAAUUUUCAAUAGUAGUCCCUCACUUUACUGAAAAUUUUCUUAAACAUUGCACUUGCAGAAAUUACACAUAGUUAGCAUUUGCCUAAGAAAGGUAAAGACACUAGAGCUUACUGUCAUCAUAGGGGCCAAUAUUCUCUAAUUCUAGAUCUAAAUUGGUAAUUCUCCUUACUGUCAAUCGUACAACUCUCAUAAUAUUAGUUCAGAGAACUAAGUAUUCGAUCAACUACCGGCCGAUAACCCGCAGGUAAUCUGUUAAUUUUUCCAAAAACAGUUGUUGGUGCGGGUUAUAGGAAGGUGCGGGUAA